GAACCGUGUUUCUGUACUCGUCUAUAUUCUUUGAUAGUACCUUGUCAAUGUUAGAAGAUUGUAAUGAUUGAUACCUGCGUAAAUAUUGCUGAUAAUUUUGAUAUUUUAUUUCUUGAUUAUUAUAUUUCAUAUUCCUUAAUUAAUAAGUAUUAUAAAAUGACAUUUCUUUAAAUGCUAUCAAAAUAUAAAGAUAUACGAAAUAACUCAAUAUGUCAGUGGUAUACCCAAAAUUGGCAGUGAAAGAUAGCAUCGAUGAUGAUGAUCUCACCGAUAUUGAUGACGAGGUAUUUAUCAGGGAUGGAAGAAAUAGUGGAAUGAAGUUAGAUGAUGAUGGUGGUGUCAAACGGCCUCUUAUGGCACCCCGUAGGAAACCCAAAAAAUCUUGCAGUUUUCAAACUCAUAAAGUUCCAUACAAAGCACUUCUUGUGCCGCUGUGUUAUGGAAUUACAGCAUUAAUUGUAGUAUUAGGUUUAAUCAUACUUUGCAUAUUCACUGUGAAUAUAUUCCCAAUGCCAUUAAGUAUACUGAAAAAUUGGUUGUCACAUGAACUAAAAGACACUCCUGUAAACAAGUCAGAAGUAAUUCCAUGUACAUCACUCUCGUCGAAAAUUCUAUGGACUAGAACGUUGCCAAAGUUAACUUCCGAAGCACCUCUUAGAAGUAAUGAUGUUAAUGUUGAUGGAAUUGAGGAUAUUAUUGUGGGAUUUAGUACAGGUCUGGAUACAAUGGAUGCUCCAGAAUAUAUCUGUACUGUGUACUUUGAGAAUCAAAUACCGUGUCUAGGCGGUGUAUUGGCGUUGAAUGGCAAAACGGGCGAAACGAUAUGGACACAUUGGACUGCACAUGCCAUAUUUUCAAUCGAUUGCGAUGUAGACUUGACAAACGACAAGAUCAAAGAUUGCGUGAUAUCUGGACGCGGUGGGAUUCUGCAAGCCAUUAACGGUCGCGAUGGCUCCAACAUAUGGGAAAUACCGAUUGAAGACGCAGCGACGACGAAGCAAGAAAGAGUUUUAGAUAUCUAUGACGCAAGAUUCAUAACGGAUAUAGAUGGUGAUGGUAUUGGUGAUGUAAUAGCGUCGCACGCCAUGCAAUCAGACGACGUUCGAGCAAGUAACGUACUUGUGAUAUCAGGAAAAAGUGGAAACAUCAUACGUAACGUCAAUUUACCAGAUACAGAACAGCUGUUCAUAGCACCACAAAUUGUGGUGCAGUCUGAUGGAGAAAAUAUAUUUGUUCUGGCUACAAGUAGUCAACAGGAAGCUGGAGGCUUGUACAUAGUAUCCCAAGCCAACAUGUAUUAUGGUGAUUUGCAAUUACGAAAGCUUAACCAUAAUACGGGAAAAGGUGCACUCCUACCACCGAUUUUGAUAGAUGUUACAUCGGACGGAAUCGAAGAUAUUAUCGCAGCUAUGUUCAAUUCUACGAUAAUGGCGUACAAUGGAUCGACGUUCGAACCUAUCUGGAAUUACACUGUCCCUAAUUCCGAAGUAAUCAGUAUUCCUAUUCCUGGUUAUUACAACGACGAUGAUGUACCAGACUUUAUGAUAAAGCACCAGAUAGGUGCUGGUUUCCCCACGUAUUAUUACACUGUGGCUACAAUUAUUGAUGGUCGUAAUGGACAACCCUUGUUGGAAAAACCAAUGGAGGACAGUUUGAGCAGACAAAUGUCCGGAUUAUCAAUCACUGUCGACGGAUUCGGUAAUGAUUGGUUCCUGCAUUGGUCCGCUGACUUGAAUUACGAGGGGAUUAAGGAAAAAUAUCAGUUCUUGAAGGGUCAAAGUCUGGUGUCGCAAACGCGGGCCGAUCUCUGCCAAUUGAGAUUCAAUUCGACUCUCACCAUGAAACUGCUGGCUCUGAGCCAACAUGUUGGCCCACCCGGAGUGUCCUUGUAUUUUUCGGAAGAUUGGAAGUCACUGGAGUUCAAUAAUUCGUUUGAUCCGCGAAAAGAGGCAGAGAAAUUUCUGGACGCCCAUCAUAGAUUCGAAAUUAUGGAUUCUUAUGCUGAUAUACCGCUCGUUUCCGAAAGAUCGCCAAAGGUGAUUCAUAAAAGUCAAAAGGAAGGGAGUAUCUUCAAGCAUAAAGAUGAUCUACUUGCGGAGAUGGGCAAAUACGAUUCGGAUGCAGUGUACGACGAAAAUUUUGACGAAUUCAAGAAUCGCAAGAAAGAAGAUUAUGUCGAGGACGAUAUCAUGAAGAAUUUGAACAUUGAUCGAGUAUGGAAACAAAAUAAUAAAUGGACAGAAGAUAACAUACAAUCAAAUAAGGAGUAUAAUAAUCUAUAUAAAAAUGAUAACGAUAACAACGAAGCUGGAGAACAGGAACAAGAUAUGGAUUAUCUGCAAGUGCGAGAACAGAGAAGUGCCGAAAUUAAAGAUUCAAAUUUCAUAAGGAUUUCUUACAAAGAACAUAUCUCGAAAAAUAUUAAUGAUUCCUUACCUUUUGAAUUAAUACAACGUAAUACGCAAUUGAAUAACGAGGAUAUUAAUGUAAAGAAGAAAAAAGUAAUGGAAAAAAUUAAUUAUACCGAAGUCAAUAAUUCGGUGAACAAAACGGAUACGAUGAAUAUGUCACUAACGAAUACAUCAAAUGUAAAAUCUGACGAAGAAACAUCAACCAUGUUGAAUGAUAGAUCAAAUAUAAAAUCUAUUACAAUGCAAAAUGUAAAUGUAUCAACAGUAAUUAAAAGCAAUUCAAUUGGAAUAAAUGAUACAGAAACUUCCAAAGUUGUAGACACAAUGCAGCAAAAACAGAUUUAUAAGCACAGUUUUCUAAAUAUCGUUCAGGACACGGACGAUGAUACUAGUAUAGAAAAAGUAUUUAAACGGGAAUCGCUGAAAAAUCGAAGUAAAACCAGAAUUAAUAAGAAACAAUCUUUAGCAACAUCAUCAAUAGAGGAUAAAAAUUAUCGAAUACAACAGAGGCGAAGAGUAAAACGAAAAUCUGAAACUAAUCAAUCGAACGGUAUUAAUGGCGUUCAUAGACAACCACCAACUGGUAUUCUGUUACCAUCUAUCGCCGAAUCCGAAAGAAAAACUUCGGUGGAUCUAGUCUUUUCUACAUUCUGGCUGCCGUCGUCCGAAGUGUCUUUAAUCCUAACACAAGCGGAUCUGGAAUGCAUUCAUAGAAAGAAAGCAUUAUCAGACAGGAAUAAACUUCCGUACAAGAAAGAUGAUGAUAUUAUCAGUGAAUGUUUAUCUGAGCGAGGUAUCAAUUAUAGACUGUAUCAAGAAUCAAUGGAUAGAGAAAAUACUAAAAUUGCACUUGGUCAAAUGACAAUAUACAGAAUAAAGUUAGAGUGUGUAUGUCCAGAGGAUAUGUUGCCUAAUCAAACUUGUAAGAAUAUUUCAUUACAUCAAAGUUGGCCCGAACAUCUAGGCUCUUCUGGAAAUGGCUAUUUUAAGCCAUUACGUAGAUUAAAUAUCUGAAGAAAUAUCGAGAAUUCUCUCCUUUAUUAAACUAUAUAUAUAUAUAUAUAUAUAUAUAUAUAUAUAUAUAUAUAUUAUAUAUGAAUUAUUACGAAAAUUCUUUCAUUAUAACACUCUGGAAUCGUUGAUAAUUAAUACAGAGAAUUAAAAAAAUAUUGAA